AUGGAAUACCUACAGGAUGAGGAGGACCUGAAAAUGGCCCUGCUUAUGAGCCUGCAGAGCGCGCCGUCGGAGGCCAAGAGGAGCAAGCCGCCGGAGGAUCCGGAGGAGUCCCCCGAAGCCAGGGGGCGUAGGCUGCGGAGGGAGGUCAUGGCCGCGGCCGCGGAGAGGAGGAUGGCCACAAGCCGUUCAGGGGGGCUGGGGGAAUCCCGUCCCGAGAUCAAUGCAGUGGCCGUGCCGGAGGCUAGCGUUUCUGCUGCUGUGGAGUCCCCCAGAGUAGAAGAUCGCGUGGAUGGGCAGAGUCCGGCUGGCGCGGGUUUGGCGUGCCUUAGAACGAAGACAGAGUGUAACACCGACCGUAAGGUGGUCGGGGAAACGAGGCAGGUGGAUGUUGGCGAGCUAUGCCAAGAGGAUGCCAAUAGGCUAUUUUCCAUGCUUUUUGGAGGUGCCGUCUCAAAGAGCAUCCUAUUGCAGUGGACUAACCAGGGCAUCAGGUAUACACCUUUAAAUUGCCGAUGAACAGCUGAUUUGGUGGAAUUUACAGCAAGCAUAUGUUUUUCAUUGCCAUUUUUUUAUUUUUCACCACUUUAUGAUCAUUUUUCUGCCAAAUGUUGGCCAUCUCUCGUGGAAUAAUGUGCUAUAUUCCUACAGUGCGUCAUUUUUCCCGCCGAUAUUCUUGACUACACUUUGGCUGUGCGAGUUUCAUAGUGUGAUAACAGAAGUCGGCCUAGAAAUUUACAAGUUUUUCUGAAAAAGGUUUCCCCAGUGAAGUGGUGUUCAUCUGUUCUACUGUUGUCGUGUUUAAUGGCGGCCUGGGUGAGACUUAAAACUAACACAAGUACACUAUAUCCUUGAAGCACUCAAGGGUAUGUGCUUGUAGCUAUUUUCUAAAUCCAUGCAUUGAAAGCACCUUAUUUUUCCACGUUUAUGUUAGAGAGCUGAUGAACCUAUGCUAGAGUCGUGGUUCCAUGCAGUGGAACUGAAGCUUAAUGCUUCUUAGAGGUUAUGGGAGAGGAAAGACAGUGAUAUUUGUGGGAUUUGUUGUCUGCGGAAGAGAUACUCGUCUUGAUGGGCUGCUCGUUUCAUUAGAAGUAUCAUAGCUUGACUUCCCUCGGUUUAGAGACCAUGGAUUCGCAAAUUUUUGGUGUUACUGUUUAUUCUCACCUCAGAGAGCAUUCUGUAAGACCAAUUAUAACCUAAAUACAACGUUAAAAUUGUUUAAUAUUUGUUUAAUUUUAUUUAGCUGGACUUAAGAGAACAUUAUCCUCUCGUAUCUGAUUGAUGCAAGCUAGCGUACCAUUAAAAUCAGAUCAGGUUUGAUAAACUGAUGAAGUAAUAUCGUUGAUUAGUUCCGUCUCAAUUGAUAAAGAAUGGAUAAAAAAAAUGUUAUUUUCAUACCAACAUUAAUAUCCCGAACAAUGUGCUUGUGGACGGUGUGUAGUCCAGUAUACCUGAAUCACAGUAUGAUCAUGAGGUCCUUUGCUCUAUACCCCAGAGUAGAUGGCUCAGUCUAGAAUUAGCUGAUUGGUUUAUAUUCGAAAGAGAGGGAGUUAGGUGUCCAGAAAGAGACGUGAAUCAUUCGGAAUUUCGUUGCAGGACGCUUAUGUGAAAUGAAUGGAAGAGAUUUGUCGACUUGAUCAAACAAGCCACAAUUCUUUGAUGUACUGUUAAGUGUGACACUCUAGAUGGAUAGUGCAUACAAGAUGGUGGAUCUGGAUCAUUUUUUUUAGAGUACGUUUCAUAGGUUGGAACUUACUUGGGAUGGCAUUAUAUUUUUUUUAUUUACUUUUCUUGUUUUUACUAGUGAUUUACGGUUCUGUAAACCUUGAAGACUAUCGCACACAAAUUACAACGGGUAUAAAUUUUCAUCAUCGACAGCAUUGUCAUAAGGUUUUAUCCGUUACUGCAGGGUCCUAGGACUUGAGAGUUCUUGAGAAUUGGACGUAGUUUUUCAGCUGACUGCCAAAACGAUGUCAACCCCAUUCAUGGUACAAUAUCUCAACCAGCAGAAGGCCGUGAGAAGAACUGUACAUUAUAUAUCUGGUCCCAAGUCUUUUUCUUUGCUGGAUGACUACUAAAAAGCUUCGAUCAUUCACGACAUCUUCAUAUUUGAUUCUACACAUUGUACUGAUAUUUAGAUAUUUUCGGUAUUGUGAAGCUCUACUAUGCAUGUAGCCCUAACUUCGGUCUGUUUUAUUUUACAUUGAUCGCGUUUAUUUAAGUUGUUUUGGCAGAUAAAAAUGCAAGAAUAUGUGGUAUCAAUGAAUGUGAAUAAAUAAAGUGGAUCAUUAGUUCUAUAAACUUUAUAUGUUUCCCGGUCCUAUUCUCACGAAUCAAAUGACUGAAAUAAAAAAUUGGACUGUUAGAGGACAGGCAUCCUUCACAUAUUCUGAUGGAGACACAGUACAUGUAGGCUGGGAUGGAAGAGAGCUAGCAUCAUAGGUUUUUAAAGAUAUUUUGUCAACUGGGUAGACUACUGGCCAGAUUGCAGCUGGCCCAACGUUGAAACUUAGGUAAAACCUCACUAGGCUUAGUCAACGGCCGUUGCCUUCUUUUGGAAAGCUCUAGGGAUUGGAGAAGUCGUGGAAACUUUCUAAAAAAAGAUGAGCAUCCGGAUUUCAUGUCUUGGAGCCAAGUACUCGGAAAUUGAAUCACUAAUCAAUUCGUUCUUCAGUGCUCCAAAUCUUCUUUUUUGUCUUUUUUUUUUGUAUUUUUUUUUUCUUUCUUUAAUGUUCAUCUUUGAUCUGUUUCAUGUUAUUGUUGAUAGCACUUUCUGUUUUUUCUCUGGAAAAUAAUGAAAUUGUUGUUUGUUAUUUAAUCAAUCUGAAAUUGAUCUUUUGUACCACCAACUUACUGAACCAUAACAACUUGUAGGUUCAGCUCUGAUCAUGAAACGUGUAUGGGACUGGUUCAGCAUAAAGGUGGUCCUUGCGGAAUACUUGCACCAAUACAGGUGAUCUACUUUCUAAGACCCGAAAAGCUUCAAAGGUUGCAACUUUGCUCGAGUGAUUUAUUUUCAUCCCAUUAUUUCUAUCAAUGAUAUUUUUUUCCAUUGUAGCACUACUAAAAUACGUUUGGAAGCAAUUUGUAUAUAUAUAUAUAUAUAUAUAAAGUCAACGCCAUAAUUAUUCCGCAUCUUUGACCUAUGAACCUGGUCCUGCAGGCAUUUGUCCUCAAAUAUCUUCUAUUUUUUCCGACGGAGCUAGAUAAAGUUUCUCCCUCCAUUCUUCAACCCGAGCAUGAACAGAAGAGAUUCCCUCAACGAUCGCAGUUCAAAGGAGAUGAUUUUUCUUCCAUAACAGAAAUCAGGAAAACAAGGUGAUAUCUCUUCUCCCCUUUUGAGUCCCCAUCCAACUCAAUUGGACAGGUCUUUUCGAGUGCCCAGUUCAAACGUCUGAUAUUAUUCUGGAUAAUCCCAGUCACUGAAUAAAUGGAAAAAUAUAUGUAAUUUAUUUGGAACUGACAGAAUUUCUUUUCAUAAUUUGAUUUUAUGCAAGAUUUGGAAGCUUUUUUUCUGCUCACCCUGGGAAAUCAAAAAAGACUGAUAUUAUUCCAGUCACUGAAUAAAUGGAAAAAUAUAUGUAAUUCAUGUGGAACUGACAGAAAUUACAUAUAUUUUUCACUAAAUAUGCUGGUCCAACUGGAGGAAGCCCAGGAUGAAAAAUAUAUGUAAUUUACUGACAGAAAUUACAUGUAUUUUUCAUUAACCAUGCUGGUCCAACUGGAGGAAACACAGGAUGAAACUAGUCCAGAUCAUCACCCUCUCCCGUUUUCUGGAGUGCAUUAUUUCCCUUCUUGAGCUGAUUUUUUUAAUGAAACUAAUCUUACGAUAGUUGAAUAAACCUCACUAAUGGUUAUCUUCUUAAAGUAAAGAGUCAUCCAAAGGGCCAGACUCGGAACACAUCUUUGCAUAAAUAGUAAAAUGUCGAAUGCCAUGUUUGGGACAGUGUUCUUGUUUUGAUCUCCGGAUUAGUGAAGAUGAAGCAUGCUUUCCUGAAGGCUUCCUCUCCCGUUUUGAACCCUUUUGGAUCUCCGCCUAGUCAGUUUCUUCAGGUAAGUUGACUUCCAAUCAGGCCCGUAACCAGAUGGUCAUCUCUUUUUGAUCCGAUUGGAUAUCAUCUACUUUUUUGGCCUUUUCUGUUUCUUGACCUGCCAUCAUUGCAGCCCAGUGUUGCUCUUCCAAGCCUGGUUCUUGUCGCAUGAUUGAUCUUAAUGAAUAGCGUGAUUUUAUAAACUCCCACAUUCUUGGGGAACCCCUUGUAUGAUUGCAUAUCAUCAUAUCAUUGCCAUUCUGAGAUAUAAUGCCAGUUCAUGAAAUCCGCUGAAAGGAUGAAUACCCAGUUCCUCAAUCCUCUUUGGGCCAAAAUCUACCAGAAAAACAAAUAUAUAUAUAUAUAUAUAUAUAUAUAUAUAUAUAUCUUCCCGAAUAUAAUACCUCCGCUCAUUCAUCUUCCCAGAGCAUUGGUGCUGAGCAUGGUAGAAAUACUGUUCUUGUGUGGGAACAAGAAGAGGGCGGCAGUUGCGACGCUGAGUAUCUUCACCCAUCACGCAGAUGAUGAGCUUGCUGGUGAGCAGAAAAAUGAGGUGAGAAAGAAUCAUACUCAGGUCGGAUGGGUGUUCUUCGUCGCUUUUAGAAGCAUUAGCUUCAACUGGGUGCUCCUGCAGGCGGUUUCAGAAGCCCUGGAAGACCUCUCAGUAGAAUCAGCCUCCGACCUGAAGAAAUACCUGAGAGUGAGCACCCACGACUCACCAACAGAUGCUUACAAUCACCUCAUGGCGGAGCUCCCGGUCUUCCAGAGCCGGAUGGGGGCGGUGCUGUUCCUCAUUUCUGCCCUGCUCUCCCGAGGACUGGUGAGUGUGGCGCCUUAUUCUCUCUCUUCUGCCUCCAUGCUUCUCUUCCCUCCAUCUUCGUCUUCGUCAUCACUGUGUUCAGGAUGAGAGAAGAAACCAUGCAUAUAUAUACACAAAAACCAUCCAGAAGAUUUGGGCUGGAGCCUUCGGAGCUGAUGCCUGCUGUUUAAUCCUUCUCAGGAUGCCAUUCAGGCAGACAGGGACGACCCCAGCCUUCCUUUGGUUACCUCUCCAUUCGGGCACGCCUCCCAGGUACCCUGAACGCAUCUGAUCCGACCAGAAACCCUAAUUUCAACUCAAUUCCAGGGAUAGAUUAUGAUGAUAGAAAUCACUGCUCCGUGUUCUUCCUGCACUGCUGCAUCAGGAAAUAGUGAACUUGCUGAUUUGCGGGGAGGCGGUGGCGAAUGUGUUCGAUGGCCGGAUGGAUCUCGGCGGCGGCAUGUCCCUGAAGGGGAUCCCCGGUGGCGUGGAGGUGGGGUUCCUCACCCUCCUGGAGUCGCUCAACUACUGCAAGGUCGGGCAGUUCCUCAAGCGGCCGCGGUGGCCCAUCUGGGUCGUCGGUAGCGAGUCCCACUACACGGUGCUCUUCGCCCUCGACGCCGCUGCGCAGGCCGAGAACGAGCUGGAAGAGCGCGAGGCGAAGAUCAGGGCGGCGUUCGAUGCCCAGGACCAGAGCGGCGGCGGCGGCUUCAUCGGCGUCGAUGGGUUCCACCAGGUGCUCCGGGACGCCGCCGUCGCCCUCCCGCCGGAGAAGGUGAGCAGCCUAUGCGCGGCCGGCUUCAUCGUGUGGAACGAGUUCUGGCAGGCGCUGCUGGAUCUCGAUCAGAGCAAUGGGGGCUUGAAGGACUCCUCCGGUAAGAUGGGGAAGAAGCAGUUCGACGUCUUCCACUUCAAUGGCAUCGCCAAGUCCGUCCCCAACGGCGGAGCUCCCGUCGCCGGCGGCGAGGUCCCGCUGCAGAGGCCCAGGCUGUCGAAGCUCCACGUCUCGGUGCCGCCCAAGUGGACGCAGGAGGAGUUCAUGACCGACAUCGCCACCACCGCUGCUCCAAGCUCCGAUGCGGCGGCUCCACCACCGCCGCCCCCGGCGGAACCGGCCCAGCACGCUCCUCUCGUGGACUGCAUCCGGACACGGUGGCCGCGGGCGACCUGCAGCUGGGAUGGAGACUCCCCCAGCAUCGUCUGA